AUGCGAUGCUCGAGCAAGGCCGCCGAGAGCGCGUCCGCACGUCUCUGUGCGGACGCCGAAGCAGAAACCACAGCAACUGAUGCCUCAUCGGUUGCUGAAGCGACCCAGCCUGUGUCACUUGGUGAAGCAGGCGCUGGUCAUGAAGACACUCAUGUCUUCACAGAGUAUGAGCUCGGUGUCUCAUACUCUACUGAUACGGAAGACGGAUCCGUAUCGACGACGAUCGAAUCCAAGCCGCCUGCCAAGCGUGGCAUGGAUGAUGCUAUGCGUCGUAGCAUCUUUGGUUCAUCUGAUGAAUCAGAUGAACCAUCGCCGAAGCGAAGGCGCUCGAGGUCGCGAGACUCGGGCGCUAACAGUAGUGUCGGUUCUCCUAUGGACACCACUUCGCAACGAGGUGCCAGUCCUUCUGUCGGCACGUCGCAGGAAGAGCGGGACCGCAAUGUCUUGCGUCUCGCUCCUGAGAAGGAGGCAUGGAUGCCUCCUAAAUCUGUCAUGGAUCACUUGUCGGCGACGACGAUUGAUCGUUAUCGAACACGGUUGUUCGAUUCGUCAAGGAUCCAUCACCUUGACCCCAGCGCGAAAAAUUACCGCGCUGAGAAUGAAUUCUUCAUCGAUUCUUUCUUUAGACAUCGAUGGUACAGUGGGAAUCACAAGCGUGACGGUCCCUCACUACUUCAAGCGUGGAACGCCUACAUCCAUAACCUUGAGGAUGUAGGUCGUGACGCUUGGAACGAGAAACUUAUCAAAGCUCGUGAUAAGUUUGAAAAGCGAACCCCGACAGGUGCACGCUACAAGCUGCAUCGUCUGUCAAGGGAGAAAGGAUUACUUUGCCUCUCUUGGGAAGACUCGUGCCCAUGUUGUGUGAACAACUUUGCACGAGCACCUAAGGAGGCUUACCUCCUUACCAGCCCGUGGUGGCGCGUACGUGUCUCUACUGAGAUGUACGAAGGGAUUGACAACCUGAAAUCCCUUUACGACCGUGCCGGGAAGACUUUCUCCGGCGGUCCUUCUGCGGCACAGGAUGUGCCGCGUCGUACUGCUCAACCAGACCCAGUACGUCAACCAUCAGUUGGAAGCGGGUCUCCCAAGAAUCUCAGGACGGGGGAUAGCCGCGCCACCGGACGAGAUAACUCGUCCGACGUCCGUUCACGUCGCGGUGGUUCAACAGCUGCUCAACUAGAUAGCGCUGGCCACCGCGAGAGUCCUCCAUAG